AUGGAUGACCUGAGAUCCGCUAUGGAGGAGCACAUGGAUCAAAUGGCCGAUCUUGUUCAAAAACUGUCCGCCGAGCUCCGUACCGGUCUUCGACCUGCUUACGAUAAUUUCAUCGGUUUCUUCCAGGCCAUCGAUUGGAAGGAACCUUGGCUUAUGGGCUUACUCGGAUUCCAUUUUUUGGUGCUGCUCACUACUAUUACUUCAAGGAAAAAUCUGAAUUUUCAAAUGAUUCUCUUUCUUCUGUCAUUGGGUGGUGUAUUUCUUGCUGAGAGGCUCAAUAGUUUCCUUGGAAAGAACUGGAAGAGCUUCGCUGGCCAAAACUAUUUUGAUCCAAAUGGUGUUUUCCUCUCUGUGCUUUGGUCCGGGCCUCUUCUCAUUACUGCAAUCAUAAUUUUGAUCAAUACACUCUUUUCCUUGUGUCAUCUCAUUGUUCGGUGGAAGAGAGCAGAACUCAGACAUCGAGCAACACUUGCCCGUAAUAAGCAAGAAUAAGCUUCAUCUCAGUUGAACCAUUUUUCCUUUGGAUUUUAUAUAUAUAGUCAGCUUUUUAAAUCUAAUAUUACAUUGCUGAUGCAGAGCAGGAUACAAAAUUUUCAAUCUUGUAGAUGAUAAACCCAAAGUUGAUGGAUGACAUUCUAAUUAUUUUAGCACAAAAUCAUUUUGUGUAUAAUUAUUGACCUUGAUUAUUCAAAACACUGGUGGCAAGGCUAGUGAACAUGAUUCUUUAGAGCAUAGAUGCAGCUGGUGUUCGUUUCUCCCUUGCACAAUUUUACUUGGAAUACCUAUACCUUUAAUUUUUUAGGUGUGCAGUUUCCUUGGUAAAUCUUUUUUGCUUGCUUAUAUUAUACUAUGGCUCGAUAUGUGAAAUUUUUUUGUUAUUUGAUGAAUAAUAAUAGUGGAUCCAAGAUUCACGAGUAAUAGAACUGAAAUUCAGAA